AUGGCAGAUCAUGAUGAAAACCCGAUGUAUCGCACCUCGGCCGCCCUCGAUGCGACAUCAGAAGUGGGACACACUCGAGCUGAAGAAACUCAAGAAAUAUCGCAGAAUGGAGCCAUGACGUCACGAAGUGAGGUGAAAGGCAAGGCAACAAGUGCUGCCACUUCAGCAUCAAGCUCUUCGGGACCGAGACUGCGUUCGGACAUCAUCUGUUUCAGAUGCGGCAACGCCGGACAUUUUGCUACGAAAUGUCCACGUGGCAACAGUGGAGGAGCUGGCGCGGCAGGAGGUGCUAGCAGUUCCGGAGCUGUGCCUGCAGCAGCAGCGAGUAACGAGAGGCGUGUGGAAGUUUGCUAUGUUAGCAAUCCCAGCGGCACGCUGAUGAACACAGCGUUGUUUGGUGCGCCGAAACGCGCAAUAGCUGAUCAGGGUCGUUGUUUUGCUAGUAAAGAAUUUUCUCAUUUCUGUACUUCUAACAACAUAGAGUUGCACUUGAUAGCUACCGGAGUCGCUAUCAAGUGCAACUCUAUGUUGUCGUGCGAACGAGGUCGAAAGGGCAAUGAGUACCCUCAAGAGUAUGUUGACAGCUGUAGAGGCUAG